AUGGCUAGCAACCCCACGGUUGUCCAGCCUCAUGCGGCAUCUGUGCAAAUGCCCAGCGAAUUCAAAACGGAGUAUCACCCUCGCUCUGCUCGUGCGACUCUCUACCAGAUGUUCGACGAAUUCGGUAUCACUCAGGAGAUGCAGCACGCACCCGUUGACGAGGAACCAUGGCGUCCUUUCAGGUCACGCGGGGACUUCGAAUUCUCUGAGAUUGCGCUUGAUGCUGCGCUAAAUAAGUCUCAAAUAAAUGCCCUCCUUGAACUCAUUUCGCGCAUCGCUCAAGGUCAAGCUCAAAUCACUCUGAAGAAUGAGACAGAUCUUUCGAGGGCAUGGGACAAUGCUGCGGCUGAAUUAACACCGUUUUCAAAGCACGAAGUCCCUGUGAUAUACAAGAGGAAGGAGCAAGAAUACGAGGUCCACACACGGCCUGUGUGGGAUUGGGCCCUCGAUCUACUGGACAACCCCCUGCUCGCACCGCAUUUCGUGUGGGAUGCCUGCCGUGUUUACAAGCACAACGGUACGGAUUUCGAACGCUUUUUCAAUGAACCUUGGACAGGAGAUCGGUGGUGGGAUAUUCAAUCUUCUCUUCCGCCCGACGUUGAAAACGCUGUCCCAUUCUGUUUCAUUCUCUACGCUGAUAAGUCGAAGCUGUCGUCUCAUGGUACCGUCAAAGGGUAUCCAGUUGUAGUCCGAUGCGCAAACUUACCUGUAGACAUCCGUAAUGGCGAGGGGUUUGGUGGUGGUCGUGUAGUCGGAUGGUUGCCUAUUGUUCCUGACGAUGCAGCCGAAGAAGGAAAACUCGGAUACACAACGUUGAAGCGCGUUGUGUGGCAUGAAUCAUUUUUCAAGCUCCUGGAACAUGUCGCCCAGCACUCAAAGACUGGAUAUUCACACAAGGGCUAUAAUGGCAUUCCGCGAUGGCUGUUUCCUGUGAUACUGAUUCUUUCGGCUGACUAUGAAGAACAGUGCAUGAUGUCGCUGAUACGUGGCCGCGGUGGCAAAUGCCCUUGCCCCGUGUGCCUAGUACCAUUAGCGGAGCUCCACGACCUGUCAAAGAGCUACCCAAUCAGAACCGUGGAAGAAGCACAAGAAGCUCUCCGUAUUUAUGGGUGCAGUAAAGCUGAAGGCGAGCAGAUACUCAAAGCGCUCGGAUUACGACCUGUUGCGAAUGUUUUUUGGCUCAUCUUGCGUUCGAGUCCCCACGAUGCACUUAGUUUAGAUCGGCUGCAUUCAUUGCACGCCGGUCUGUGGAAGCACCUACUUGAAGAAUUGAAGAAAAUCCUCGACCUCUCUAAGCAAACAUUAUAUCCGGCUUUGAACAUCCUGAUGCACAGAGCCAGUCCUGUAGGCCACCAGCGCUUCGCCUGGAUCGGUCUGGAUUUGCAUACUGAGCGCACACUUGCAGCGAUCGACGCCGAGCUCUUAGUUUUCGAUGCUGAGCUCAAGGUUUACACGCGUCCGAACGAGAAGCUUCAUGGCCCCCUCAAAGGACACCUAUCACCGUCGAACGAAUGGAAAGGAUACCGCGACGCAAGUAAGUUUACAAGAUACAUUUGUGUUAUACUCAGACUGAUUCACAUCAUACACAAUUGUAUUGAUAGAUACUUCGCACUCGGCGAUGGCGGGCUUGAUGAAGACAUUGAUGUUCCUGUAGCCUUUAAUGGCCACGUGAAACUUGGCUCUCCGGUGCCACCCUUAGACAUCCUUGGCGUUGAGAGUCGUGGUCAAACGGAUCGUGCGUUUCAAUCUUUUCGUCGGAAAUUUAGUGAAUUCAUCAACAAUGCUCUGCCUACCUAUGGCCAUCAACUGACAAGUUGGUUACAUCCAGGCGAUUUCAAGAUUCACGAGCACCGCUAUCUCAAGGUGACUAUGAGUCGGCUGUGGACUGGAGGCAAAAUACCGACCACCUUCGGUGCAACCCCCAAAUUCCAUGGGCGGCCACGAUUCGAUCACGCGCUCAUACAACUGACCGCUGAGGAAACAGCCUUCGUCCAGCUAAUUUUCAUGUUCAGAUGUCAUAUUUCGAAUCUCGGGCCCUUCGAAUUCGCACUUGUUCAACCAUACACUGCUAGAGUCGGUCCUCGCAGAACAGACUCCACCUUCAAGCUUACUCGUGUCAAGGCUGUCCCGAGGUCGUCAUCAAUAUUGUCCCGAGCUGUUCUAGUCCCUGAUUCUGAGCAUCAAGAUGAAUACUUCGUUGUUGAUCACAUUGACGGUGACAUGUUUCUGCGAAUGAAACACAUAUGA